AUGGGUGUGCGCGUAGUCCACUUGAUUGGAUCAAUACUUCUCCUCUCUGUGCUCCCUUCAUUCUCAUAUGGACUCUUUACCCAGAGCACAUGCUCGGGGAGUGGAUGUGUUCAGCAGCAGGACACAGGAGCAUGGUGCUACGUCCCGAAAUCCGGGGAAACAGCGUUACUGGAUUGCAUAGAGAGCCAAAGUGACGUCCAAUCAGUCAUGAAUGUGCACCUCACACAGGACCUAUCCAUUGCCUAUUAUCACGGAAUGGAUUACAGCCGGUUUGGAGGAGCGUCUUGGCCAGUAUUUGCAACCACCAGUGUUGUGCACCUCUGCAUUUCCGGAUACGCCGAAGACGGAACCCUCCAAACAUUGUGCGUGAACGUCAAUGAGGAUGAUACAAUUUCGGGGAGUCCAUAUUGCGAGAUUGCGGAUGCCCCGCACGUCGUGAGCGAUGGAUGUUACGAACCAACUUUCACGCCUGUCAUACAAUCUACUACAGCAAUCUCAAGGGAAACAUCCCCUUCACCUUCGCCAACGGAAGCCUGCUCGGAUCCAAAUUCCUCAGGAAACCCCUUUGACAGUAUGAAGAACACCGGAGUUCCUAUCAUAGCCGUCAUACAAACUGCCGCGCCUCUACCACCGUCUACUAAUUCGACUACGUCAUCAACCACGUCGCCUUCAAGCUCUUCUACUUCAAGUUCAUCAUCGUCAUCGUCAUCAACAUCGUCGGAAACAUCAUCCUCUCCUCCUUCACCGGUGGUAGCCUCCUCAAAUCCAAUUUUUCCAGGAAAUUACAAGAUGAUUUAUAUUGGAGUUCCCAUCAUAAGUGCCGUUAUUGGGCUAGUCGGGGUAUGUUUUGGACCGCGCAUGUGGCGCAACAGGUCUCGAAAUCGGGCUGCAGCAGCACAUGAUGCACGGCGGCAGCACGCCUACCCGUACCAGCAGCACGCCUACCCGUACCAGCAGCAGCACGCGUACCAGCAGCAGAUUCAACGAGCAUCAAUGCAACUAGCAGCGUUUUGGCCACCACUGCCAUCUCCAGGGUAUCAUUUAUCCUCACCCCUGCCACUGCCAUCUCCAGGAUAUCAUUUAUCCUCGCCUCUGCCACUGCCACCUCCAGGGUAUUAUUUCUCCCCAUACCUGCCACAGCCAGCACCAGUGGUCUAUGUGUCCGGAGGAUACUACAGACGACGCCCUGUUAGCCCAUGGCUCACAUCACCCAUACCCCUCCAAAUCCAAAACGUUUAA